AUGUCUUCCAUAGAUAACAGACCUUUGCCGUUCAUAUACCAGUUCACUGCGGGUGCCAUUGCCGGCGUCUCGGAGCUAUUGGUUAUGUACCCAUUGGAUGUGGUGAAGACAAGAAUGCAAUUGCAAGUCACUUCCAAAGUUAGUCCCGGUGUGACUGCCGCGAAGGCAGCAGCAGAGCACUACACGGGCGUGAUGGAUUGUUUGACAAAAAUUGUCAAGAGGGAAGGGUUUUCGCGUCUGUACAAAGGUAUCACGUCCCCCAUAUUAAUGGAGGCUCCGAAGAGAGCGAUCAAAUUCUCGGGGAACGAUACGUUCCAAACGUUCUACAAAACGGUUUUCCCCACACCUAAUGGAGAGAUGACUCAGCAGAUCGCCAUAUGCAGCGGUGCGUCUGCCGGUGCCGUAGAGGCCUUCAUCGUAGCACCCUUUGAACUGGUAAAGAUUAGAUUACAGGAUGUAAAUUCUCAGUUUAAGACACCCAUUGAAGUGGUAAAGAACAGCGUGAUGAAAGGUGGUGUCUUGUCGCUUUUCAACGGGUUGGAAGCCACGAUCUGGAGACACGUCCUUUGGAAUGCCGGUUAUUUCGGUAUCAUAUUCCAGGUUCGGAAGCUUUUGCCGGCGGCUAAGACAAACACGGAAAAGACGAGAAACGACUUGAUCGCCGGUGCCAUUGGUGGCACUGUCGGAUGCCUGUUGAAUACGCCAUUCGAUGUGGUAAAGUCGAGAAUUCAAAGAAGUUCCGGGCCCCUCAGAAAGUAUAAUUGGUCCUUGCCUUCAGUGCUGUUAGUUUAUCGUGAAGAAGGGUUCAAAGCAUUAUACAAGGGAUUUGCGCCCAAGGUUUUGAGGUUGGCCCCCGGUGGCGGGUUGUUAUUGGUAGUGUUCACUAAUGUCAUGGAUUUCUUUAGAGAGGCCAAGUACGGUAAGAAGUGA